ACUUUAGAGAUUUUUUUUACUCAACCGUAACAAUAAAUAUUUUUAGGAGUUGGUAGCACUGGUCACCGAUGGUAAAUUCGCAAUUUGCUGUUUAUUUUCCGAAAAAUGGCAUCGGCCUUGGUAAAAAAAAUAGUUUUAUCAAAUCCGCAGUCUGCUAAAAAGACUGUCGCCGUUUUUAGUAAUGCUAUAAGAAACCAUUGGAAUUAUCAAUAUAAACCUGGCCCAUAUCCUAAAACCGCCGAAGAGCGUGCUGCAGCAGCUAAGAAAUAUGGGCUGAGCAUCGAAGAAUAUAAGCCGUAUCCGGAAGAAAUGGGUUAUGGUGAUUACCCUAAACUACCUGAUAUCGGUGAUGACUCCAAGGAUCCGACGUACCCAUAUGAUCUCCCAGAAUUCAAGAGGAACUUUAAUGAACCAUUGAAUGUGCGUGCUGAAAUUUUUGGGGGUGAUCGUUAUGACCCAGCCAUGAGACCAAGGUUCUCAUUGGCACACCAAUGGACAUGGUUCCUUGGGACUAUUGGAGGAGUUAUGCUCUUAUUCUUUUACAUGGAGGACUACAAAUUUGGAAGACCUGUCACUGCCAAGCAAUACCCUGGUCAGGGAACUCAUUAUCUAUUUACACCUAAGUAAAUAAUAUAAUUUUUGUAAACGGUAGAGCAUUUGUUUUCACAUUGUUAGUCAAAUAAAAUUGUAAAUUGUUUCAA